AUGUCAGCAGGUGAGCAUAGCAGAAAGAGAACUAGAACCGAGAGUGAAACACCAACGAGAGAUGUCGAUGAAGAGAUUACAGAUCCAUCAUCCGAAGAGGAAGAUGGAGAACAUCAAGGUGCCGGAGAUGGUGAAAGUGAUGAGGAUCUAGUAGAUUCAGAGGAAGAAUUCAAAGGAGAAAAUCCAGCAGACAAAAGAAGGCGAUUAGCUAAAGAGUAUUUGAAAAAUUUGAAAGAGGAAGCACAUGAUGUAAUAGCUGAUGGUGAGGGUUUACAAGGUGAAAACAAGGAUGUGGAAAGCGUUACUGUCGAUGAUUACAACAAUUUUGAUGCUGCUGAGUUAGAUAGGGACAUUCUAGCAUCGAGAUUGAAACAGGAUGUGGCGGAACAGCACGGACGUGUUUUCAGAUUUUUUGCUCAUAAAUUACUCCUCAGUGAAGCCAAGACUACUUUUACCAGGGUCGGUGAGAAUAAUUUAACUUGUAUCAGUUGUUUUCAACCAGCUUUCAACAAAUUCCAAAUUGAUGAUGAAAGGUUGAGUAGUAGGAAUAAAGGAAAGAUAUUUGCAUACACAGCUAGUAAAGACUUACAAAUUACCAAAUAUGAUAUUACAGAUUUUGAUAGAAGACCUCAAAAAUUAGCAUUUACUAAAGGUGGUCCUCGUUUUUUUCCUCAAGGGAAAUACGAAAUCGAAAAUACUACUGAAGGCCAUUACGAUGAGAUACUGACUCUGGCUGCAUCACCUGAUGGGAAAUACGUGGUUAGCGGUGGUAAAGAUAGAAAACUAAUAGUUUGGAGUGCUGAAUCACUAGCACCAGUUAAGGUGAUCCCAACAAAGGACCGUCGGGGUGAAGUCUUGGGAUUAACAUUCAGGAAAAACACAGAUCAAUUAUAUGCAUCGUGUGCCGAUUAUAAAAUUCGUACCUAUUCUAUUAACCAAGCUUCUCAAUUGGAAACUCUUUAUGGUCAUCAUGAUAUAGUAGUUGAUAUAUCGGCAUUGAGUAUGGAAAGAUGUGUCACCGUGGGCUCUCGUGAUAAGACUGCAAUGCUAUGGAAAAUUCCUGAUGAAACCAGGUUGACAUUUAGAGGUGGUGAAGAAAUUGACAAAUUGGAAAAGAGAUGGUUAAGGCAACAUGCCACUGAAAAAGAAAACGGCGAACUGGAAUAUCCAGAUGCAUCUGAGAUGCCAGUUUUUUAUGGGGAAGGUAGCAUUGAUGUGGUAACCAUGGUUGAUGAUUCUCAUUUCAUAACGGGUUCGGACAACGGUAAUUUGUGUCUAUGGUCACUGGCGAAGAAGAAGCCCGUAUUCGUAGAAAGAACAGCUCAUGGUGUCAUACCCCCUCCAGGCUCAGAGCAAAUUUCAGGUGAAUCUAAUGAGCAGAUUAGACAAAGACAGUUACAAGAUAAAAGAAUCUCACGCCCAUAUUGGAUUACCGCAGUCCACGCUAUCCCUUAUUCGAACGUAUUCUUCUCAGGUUCAUGGAAUGGUAGUAUAAAGGUAUGGAAAAUUUUAGAUAAUUUGAGAGGUUUUGAACUGUUGGGAGAAUUACCUAACUGUAAUGGUGUGGUGAACAAAAUUCAAGUCGUUGAGGCUGGUAAACAUGGUAAGGAGGUAUUCCGUGUACUAGCCAGUGUAGGUAAGGAGCAUAAGUUUGGUAGAUGGAUUAACAAACUUCCAAAAGCCAGAAAUGGUAUCUAUUCAGCUGUCAUAACUCAAGGAAAUUUUUAA